AUGGCAAGGCGCACGUUUUUACGAAGACAAGCAAAAUACCAAGCUCCUCCUUUGGCACCCGAAAUAAUUCAACAAAUCCUCUCCUACCUGAUCGCAUUAGAUCCGAACUGCCAUGACUAUUACUACUCCGAAUGCGUAUACAAAGAUUUAUAUUCAUGCCUUUUGGUCAACCGACUAUGGUGCCGGAGUACCGCUCCUCUGCUCUGGCGUCAACCGCUAACAGAUAAUCCAUACGUGCGCGCAAAAGUGUUGCAAGUAUACUACUCGUGUCUAGACAAUAACCAGAAACAACAAUUACAAUCUCAGGAACUCGAGCUACCCUUUGUAGAUGCCCCCCUUCCAUUAUUCAACUAUCCCUCCUUUUUGAGAUUUUUGGAUUAUGACAGAUUGUUUCGAACCAUGGAAGCGCUAUGUAAAACAAUGUCGAGAAAGUGUUUUCAUAACAUCCUCAGCGCAAUAUUACAGCUCAUUUCGAAUAACACAUCAAAAGUGAAUGGGUUUAGGUUCAUCAUCUGUAGAAACAAUUUUUGGAAACCACAAGAUAUCGAGUUGCUCAGGAACGAUGCUGUAAUACAAAUUAUGAAAAGACUCAGAACAGUCGAUAUAGGAGGAGAUAUAGGACAUGAACGACAAAAGUAUUUGUUGGAAUAUUUGGCUGAAUACUGUACGAUGCUGGAAUCUAUACGCGUCGGAGGAGGUCCACUGAAACCCGAAACGCUUACUCAAUUUUCAUACGCGAUAUCCAAGUCAACCACGUAUCCCGAAGAAAACGUGAUAUCAAACCUAAUACUAUCCCAAACGAAUCUCCAAUCCUUUGAAUUUCGAGAACUCAAAUGGACAAGCCGAUUCAUUCGCCAUGCUCUAAUAGCCGUAAUUUCAGCUAUCGGCACCCGAAAAUCAUCUUUACGUCACCUUCGUUUCCAUAGUGUCAAUUUCGAUCAAUGUUGCUCGUGGCAGCCCAUAAGCGCAUGCGAGAAUUUGGAGAGCAUAGAAUUAAUCGAUUGUGUUGGCAUAACAACAGAGAUGAUGCGUCCGUUGAUAAGAGGACGUUUGGAAAAGUUAAAAAAGGUGGUGAUUACACCCGAGGAUAGAGAGGUGCUAACGGACGAUCAAAAAGAAUUGUGGAAGUGGGUGGACGGUAUCAAUGGGGGAAAUGGAGAUGUACGCAAAACGGGAAAGCGUUCGAGAGGUUUAUUAAGGUGGAGGAUUGAUCGGGUGGUGGGAGAAAAAGAGAAAGGGAAUCAGUGA